ACUUGUACACGUAUGUUUCCCUUAAGAACCUAACACUAAAUCUGCCAUUGGCGUUGAAAUCUAGUCACUUGCCGAAUUCCUAUGUCGUAAAUUGAACGACUUGCUCUUGAACGACGAACAGUCAUUGCAGCAGCAUAUCCACUGAUCUCACCAUCAAGAGAUGACUACGAUAAUAGUACUAGAAAACAUGACAGUCGUUGGCACCAUGUCAGAUUUUCUGUUGUCUGCUUUUUAAUUCACGACAUCUUAUUCACUUGACGCAACUAGUGUCAGUGUCAAGUCGAACAUGACGACUACAGCAAUGAUGGAGACCACGACUCAAGGUGACGGUCGCAACUUUCGCUUUGAAGACCCCGUACAGCGGAUCAUCAUCGGCUUCGUCUACAGCCUCGUGGCAGUCGUUGGCUUCGCUGGGAACUCCAUGGUCAUCCUGGCUGUCGUUCUGUCAAGGAAACUCCAAACCCGCACCAAUGCUUUUGUCGUCAACCUGGCCGUGGCUGACUUGGUGACAUGCAGCACUGCUCCGUUCACAACGUUGGCGCUGUUUAGCAUGAAUGGCUGGCCGUUGCCGCUAAUCGUUUGCUCAGUGAUAGCAGGUCUGUUCUAUACUAGCCUGGCAUGCAGCAUCAUGAACCUUGCUCUGAUAGCCAUCAAUCGGUUCGUCCUCAUCACGAAAUCAUCUAAGACUUACAGAUCUAUCUACACUCCAAAGAAGAUUGCGGCUAUGCUGGUCUUCACAUGGGGGUACCCGGCUCUGGUGUGUUGUUUUCCCCUGUUUGGUAUCGGCAGGUGGGGCUACUCCGAGAAGUACAAGACUUGCACCCAAGACACUUCCUAUGAGACUAGCGAUCUCUUGAGUUUGCUCGGCUCUGUCAUCGUCUAUCCCAUCCCGUUGAUCAUUCUCUUCGUGUGCUACUUCAAGAUCUAUCGCCACAUCACCGGCCACAUGAAGAAGUUGUCGGGUAAGGGUGUGGAGCUAGCCGAUACAGCAAACUCCACCAUCGCCAGCACCGGGAACUCACCGGCCAGCUUCAGUAAGCGACAGGUGGAAAUCACUAAGAACCUGUUCUACGUGGUCUGUGCAUUCGUCCUUUGCCUGGCCCCCUACGCCAUCGCCCUGAUGAUACCACCCAGCGACCCGGUCAUUCCUUGGACCGCGAUGAUCAUCAUCUUCAACAGCGCUAUCAACCCGAUCAUCUACGGGGCCAAACACCCACACUUCAAGGAGGUGUUCCGUCACAUGUUGCGGUGCCGGUACCACAUGAUCCCUGAACCUUCUGGAUGCCUCCAUAAGAUCAGAUAAAGAUAAGAUGCUUCCUAUAUGCUAUUCACAGCUAUCUCACAAACACUCCCCCGGAAAUGACUCUAGAGAAAUAGAUUAGUUCUGUCAGUUUCAUGAAACGAUUAAAAACACAUGAGUAUUUGUUUCGGUAGUUUAGCCAUAAAAUUCUCUGACGAAUUAAAUAUUAAUGAUUUAGCCAUGUACGUCUCGUCGAAAAAAAAAAAGAUAUGCCUAAAAUAUUGAUAUUAAUAUGUGGAUAAUUUUUGACGUGAAAUUGAAAAAAGCUAUAUGUUGAAAAGCUGAAUGCCGAAGCUUAAAAGUGUAGAAUAACAAUUGAAAUCCGAUGAACCAAUUUAUUAAUACAUGUACAGGUAUCAUCUCGACAAUUUCAGAUAUCAAUGUACAAUUACUUCAGUGAAUCUAUUAUCAAGAAUGUAAUUUCCAUCUUUUGCCUGCAUGCUUGC